ACUGUACGCGCCAGGAACAGGAAGUGAUGGACUGUUAUGUAGUGUGAGCGUUUGGAAGGUGCUUCUUCAAACUUCCCUAUUUCACAAACAUGUCUGACUUGCAGGUGGCUGCGUUAUUGAUAGCGUUGCUAUAUUAUGGCAAUGCUCAAACGUCUACUGUCUCUGUGAACACCACCAUCCUGGGUUCAGAGCUGAGCGCAGACGGCUUGAAGCAACUCGCUGCGGCAGUGGCGCCCCAGUCGCCCGUGUUUCACCCCAGCCGCGGUUCCUACUUUUCUCUCAAUCUGUUGUCGGCGUUUCCAGAAGAUCUGGAGGUCAGCGAUUACUGCGUCGAGCUGCUGACUAUCUUUGGGCAGCGAUAUUCAACGUAUGUGAAUUGUUUGGUGUCCGCCGCGCGUCCUGUCAAAGUGUGCCAAAAUUGUUAUGGCACCUACGGCAACCUUAUGGAAAUCUACACAAACAUAUCAUCAGACCAGGUAGGCUAAGUAGCAUUUGUGUUUUCUCAGUGGACUUUGAGUUUAUCAUAUAUAUAUAUAUAUAUAUUUUUAUAUUAUGCGUCUCCAUGUUUUUGCCCUGUGCUGCGGGUUAAUUCAUAUACUAUCUAUGGGUUAAUACGUGCGCAAUUGUCUAGGCGCUGCUAGUGCGCCUCUGGCUGCAGCACAACAUGUAUAGUGGUGGGGUGUGUACUGUGUAGUAGGGGAAAUAGGAGAUCACAAGACUAACUAUCCUAGUCACAUGCCUAGUGACUAGGAGAACAACAGCUAUGCCCGACUGUUGCCAUAAUGGGGGUUAAAUAGGUAUCCUAUAGCCUAAUGGCAAUGUUUUGCCACUUACUUCAAUUUCUCAGUACUGUAAGCUGUAUCCACUGAAUCCUCAAUAUAAGAUAUAUUCUAACCAGUAAGCCUAAACAAUAGGGAUGGUAAACACCCUCAGUGAGACUGCUUGUGUGUCUGUUUCCAGAUGGGCCCAGGGAAUGUGAGCUGCAGAGACAGCCUCCUGCGUUCUGAUAGGCUGAUGUUGGUGUUCCUGCUCUACAACAACCUGGAGGACAUCUGGACUAGUUCAGAAUGUAACAGUAGGUGGACUGCCUUCUAUUAUAAACACAUUCAGCUAUUUAUUUAUUUCUGAUAUGUACUCCUGUAUACACUUAGUAUACCAAACAUUAGGAACACAUUCCUAAUAUUGAGUUGCAUCUCCCCCACCCCCAUUGCCCUCAGAACAGUGUCAAUUCAUUGGGGCAUGGACUCUACAAGGUGUCAAAAGCAUUUCACAGGGAUGCUGGCCUAUGUUGACUCCAAUGCUUUCCCACAGUUGUCAACUUGGCUGGAUGGACUUUGGGUGGUGGACCAUUCUUGAUACACAUGGGAAACGGUUGAGUGUGGAAAAAAACCCCAGCAGCGUUGCAGUUCUUGACAAACCGGCACCUACUACCAUACCCUGUUCAAACACACUUAAAUAUUUUUUUUCUUCUUGCCCAUUCACCGUCUGAAUGGCACACAUACACAAUCCAUGUCUCGAUUGUCUUGAGGCUUAAAAUCCUUCUUUAACCUGUCUCCUCCACUUCAUCUACACUGAUUGAAGUGGAUUCAAUAAGUGACAUUAAUAAGGAAUCAUAACUUUCACCUGGUCAGUCUGUCAUGGAAAGAGCAGGUGUUCUUAAUGUUAUGUAUACUCAGUGUAUAUUAUUACCUUUUCUAUGUCUCAAUAAGUCCCUUUCUUCCUCUCCUUGCCUCCUUUCCUUUGUGAUCGAUGCUCUGAAUAGAAUUGAUAUGUGUGUGCCAGGAGGCAGAGUAUACAAUUUGAUCUUUAACCCUGCCAUGGUACAUCAUUUCUGAAUGAUAUCUGACUUCCUGUUUCUAAGGUUGUGUAAGCCCGGGACUCCACAGCCUGACCAAUGACACCCUUUACUUCAUGGCCACUCUCAACCAGUCCCUCAGCUGCUUUGAGAAGUUCCAACAGGUGGGUCCCAGUUGUAGGUCAAAGAGAGAGAGAUUGUUUAGCUAGUGUGUACCAAAACCCAUCUAAAACCACUAGGGAGGGAGAGGGGAGUAUAGAGUUAAGUUUUUAUUAGAUAUGAAGUUUAUAAAUAACCAAAAUGGUUUCCACCUGUUUGUGUGAUUUAGCAGGGGAACCACUCAGCGCUAUGUAAGGAGUGCAAGGCCACAUACAGAGGACUGAAUGAGCUGUACAGCCGCAUGGAGAAGAAUCGCACACUCUGCAUCGACAUCGAGGACUCAGUAUGUAUUUCACAGCCACAGCCAAAGAAAAACAAGGAAAUGCCUCUCCUGAGGGGAAAUGUAAUUUCUACCUCGGCACCAAUCAAAUGCAAGCGUUGAAUGCUAGUGCUCCCAUUCAAAUGCAAAAUCUAAUACUGAAGUACUACAGACUUGCAAUAGUCAAGUCAACGAGACGAGAUUUGGAAGGAUGGCCAUAUGAGACUACAUUCAUGUAUAAUGUACACAAUAGAUAUGGAAUGUACUCUCAAGACUGUCACAAAGUUUUUUUGUGCUAUAUAUAGUAGAGCUCUGUUUGUGCGCUAAUGCCAAGAAGACUGCAGAAUACAUUUGGAGAAUGUAACGUUUAGCAAGCUUCCCCACUAAUAGAUAUGUGGAAGAUGUAAAACAGCACCCCCUUGGGGGCUCUUAGGCUGCGUUUAGACAAUCAGACAAAUUCAGAUUUUUUUUGCCUCUAAUUUGUUGUUUGAUUAAUUAGAUCAGAUCUUUUGCCAAUAAUCGGGCAAAAGAUCAGAAUUCAGCUGCCUGUCUAAACAUAGCCAUUGAGAAAGGAACAGCGAGAUGUCACCAGGGUUGCGGCCCAAUUAUCACACCUUUCUGUCGAAGUGUGCACUUGUUCAAUUCCCUUCAUGGAUUUGAAAGGAAAUGACUGGUAUGGAAAAUCCCUCUAGCCCAUGUGAACGGGUGCACACUUCAGGACAAGGAGAGAUUAUUGGGACGCACCCCAGUUCUGGUGGUGCCAGUGAGUUUCAAAGGAGGAGGUGACGUAGAGACUAGUAACUACAAAGGGGCACUUGGGAAGAAGGCCAAAGCCAGAAAUAGAGCAAGGGAGUCAGAUGGACAAAAAAAGAGUGAGGGACUUAAGAAUAGAGAAGUGGGCGAGAGAGAUAUACUUUAUCCCCUUUGUGGUUCUUUAAGCUCCUGUGUUGAUGGUGGUGGGGGGGGAUUUUGCCUUGCCUUGUUUCAGAUGAAUAUCACCCGCAGACUGUGGAGCAAGAAUUUCAAUUGUUCCUUCCCCCGGGCGGAGAAUGUUCCUGUCAUCACCGUGUCCAGCUUCAUGCUCUUUCUGCCCAUCAUCUUCUACUUGAGCAGUUUCCUUCACUCGGAACAAAAGAAACGCAAGCUCAUACACCGUGAGUAACCAGCUUAAAACAUCCAUUGUUGCACAGAGAGAUUUGACGGGUUGACUGGGGUGUCACAGGUUUUUAAAGUGAAGUAUGUAUGGAAGCCGGGGUGUCUCCUGCAUGCAUGCUCCUGGUUUAUAGCGAUUUUAUUUCAGGCAGAAGGGAGUUCCUCAAUGAGUGCCCCAAAUAAUGUGGACUUGUGAAGGUAGUUCAAGGGUUGGGAGUGGUGGAGGGGAGAGGUUUAGGGGUUUCCUUGUUAAUAGUGGGUUUUGGGCCUACUAAUGUUCUAAGCCGGAGAGUCAGAGAGUAAUACCUUACGUUUUUUCUUUGACACAUGCCAUUAUGGUGAAGCAGCAAUCUUAGAUGAAAUGUUCCUGUGUUAAAUGUUGUUUAGAGGUGAUGGGUGGUAGCUAACAGUAACACUGUUCCUGCUUCCUCUCCAGCCAAACGAGCCAAGUCCAACACCAGCCUCGUGAACAUCCAGGACAGGUUAAGCUGAGGAGAGAGGGAUGAGGAAGAAAGAGUGUGAUGACGAAGAAAUUGAGGAAGAAUGUUUGUGGUCCUCGCCCCCCUGUUUCUUUGGUUUGUCCAAAACCUCUCCUGGACGCAAAUGUGACAUGUCAUUUCCUCUGUGACAGUGGUUUCAACCAGUUCUGUAAUAACAGAGGAGUCAAAAAGUGCUCCCCCUGUGAGCGAGAAGGAUGCCAAUCAUCAGUAUUGAGUUUUUUUUCCUAAGAUAUUAUAGCAAACGGAAACAACGGAAGAUUUGUAACUGAAGAUGAGUUGUAAUUGCACUGUUCAUGUCCCACUUUGAACCGCCUGCCCCCACCCAUUGCUUCCACAACGAAAGACACACCAUGGAGAUGCAGCAUAACUACUGCUGAUUUAUCAGCAAUGGGGAGUUGAAGUAUAUUUUUUUGUAUAUUUUUAUUUAUCUUUGUGUGAAGAGAUGAGAAAUGGGUUUUGUGUCUACUGUAACGCCACUGUGACACAGAUCGGGCAGGCAGAUGGACAGACAGAAAGCACCUGAUGUCCAUUAGUUGUGACAUAUACCUGCCUUGUAAAAGUGGAUGACUGCUGAGAUGAAGAAAUUGAUAUUAUUUUAUACUAAUACAAUUGCUCAG